CCAUAUGUCACCCUAAAAGGCAAAAAACAAAAACAAAAAACAGACACUUCUUUGUGGUCUUCAGUGUUGUUAAGAGUAAAAGGGGCUCCUAAAUUCAAAGUUUGUGAACCACUCUUCCAGAACAGGCGUUGGUCAUCAACCCUCCACAUUAGAAUUACCUGGUGAAUUGACAUUCAAAUAUGGACACCUGAAUUCCCUUCUAAAGAUUCUGAUUUAAUGGUCAAGGCCUCAGCCCAAGCAUUAAACAAAACAAAACAUUGUUCCCGCCCUCAUCCCCCUUUGUGCAUUCUGAGUUGAACACCACUGCUCUGUAUAGAAUUACCAAUUUAAAUAAAAUAAAGGGGAAAGAGGAACAUGUUAGUGUUAUAGGGGUGCGAUCAGUAAACAGUGCAAUCAGUGAGACAGUGACUAGAUAAGCGACUCCUGCUAAAUUAAAUGAGCAGAAAUGGCAACAAUUUCUAAGGUGGAAGGAUUACUCUGGGAACUGAAAGUAAACUCGAUUAAUCCUACACAGUUGGCUUACUGCUCUUAGUUUUGACUGCUAAAUAUCCUUAUACAGAACUGGCUCUCCCAGAUCCCCUUUCACACCUUCCCAGGCCAGAAUCCACGGCGACGCUUGCCUGCUCGCCACAACCAAAGCCUGGCACCUACAGCUGUCAAGACACCGCCACGUGGAGGAGCCACGUGUCGUGGGUCACGUGGCCUGUGCCAGGUGGAGGGAGGCGGUUGGAGGCGCCUGCGCAACUCCCUGCCUACUGGCACGCUGAUCUCCCGUUCUGAGCGCCGCUUUCCCGCCAGGAAAACACUGGAGCGGUUUUCGGCUUCUUUUCGUUCUCUCCCGUGCUGGUUUUGAGGUGCUGUAGCUUGUUUUUACGUCCAUCGUCCCACCAUGCAGCGUGAAUCUCCGAAAAAGAAGCAGGAGAAGAAGGCGGAGAAACGGAUUUUUGACGCCGGGUCCUUUGGGAAGGACUUGCUCGCAGGUGGGGUGGCAGCGGCUGUGUCCAAGACGGCGGUGGCGCCCAUCGAGCGGGUGAAGUUGCUGCUGCAAGUGCAGGCGUCGUCCAAGCAGAUCAGCCCCGAGGCGCAGUACAAAGGCAUAGUGGACUGUCUGGUGCGGAUUCCGCGAGAGCAGGGUUUCUUCAGUUAUUGGCGUGGCAAUUUGGCAAAUGUUAUCCGGUAUUUUCCAACACAAGCUCUAAACUUUGCUUUUAAAGACAAAUAUAAACAACUUUUCAUGUCCGGAGUUAAUAAAGAAAAACAGUUCUGGAGGUGGUUUUUGGCAAAUCUGGCUGCUGGUGGAGCUGCUGGGGCAACAUCCUUAUGUGUAGUAUAUCCACUAGAUUUUGCUCGAACCCGAUUAGGUGCUGAUAUUGGAAAAGGUCCUGAAGAGCGACAAUUCAAGGGUUUAGGUGACUGUAUUGUGAAAAUAGCAAAGUCAGAUGGAAUUGUUGGUUUAUACCAAGGGUUUGGUGUUUCAGUUCAAGGCAUCAUUGUAUACCGAGCCUCAUAUUUUGGAGCUUAUGACACAGUUAAGGGCUUGUUACCAAAACCAAAGGAAACCCCUUUUCUUAUCUCCUUUUUCAUUGCUCAAGUUGUGACUACAUGCUCUGGAAUACUGUCUUAUCCGUUUGACACAGUUAGAAGACGCAUGAUGAUGCAGAGUGGUGAGACUGAACGGCAAUAUAAAGGAACUUUAGACUGCUUUGUAAAGAUAUACCAACACGAGGGAAUCAGUGCCUUUUUUCGAGGUGCCUUCUCAAAUAUCCUUCGUGGUACAGGGGGUGCUUUGGUGUUGGUGUUAUAUGAUAAAAUUAAAGACUUCCUUAAUAUUGAUAUUGGAAGUAGUUCAUCAGGAGAUUAAUUUGAGAAAUGCAUAUAGUUAACUUUUAAACAUACAAUUACAUAGCUGCCAUUUCUGUACAUUUUGAGAGUGUGUUAUUUUUGUCAGUAUUUUCUUAAAGUGCUAAUGCUGUGAUAAAGCAUAGGCUUUUUUCAAGGAUUUAAACACUAAAAAUCAGAUAAAUGUGGUUUCCUUCCUCCUUAGACUCAAACUAUUUUAAUGACACAUUUUACUUAUUAUAAGAGGUACAUGUUAUUCUAUUAAAUUUUUUCUUUUGUGAUAAAAAUUAAAAUAUAUAAUCUGAAAUCUAAGAAAUGGAACAUCUUUUAAAAUGGUAUUCUUUUAAUAUAAUUGUCUCCCCAUCUUUUAAAAUCAUAUGAUAUGACAAAUAUUUCUUAAAAGCUUAUUAGGGGAUGUCAUCAUGAUAUCUGUGGUCUGGUAAGCUUUCUACAACAUUUGUAUUAAAACAUUUCAGGUAUUACUAUGUAUAGUGUUUAUGGUAUCAUAUAGCUUUUGGUAAGCACAGAUUCUAGAUCUGAUCAUAAAGAAAUUGAUAAUGACUUCAAUGACACUUUAAACCUGUAGUUAGAAAGUAAAAAUAUAAAAAUGACCUAUCCGCUAACUUUUAUCUUUAAAAUAAAUAAAAUCUUGCUUAUGUGACUAUAUGUUGAAACAAAAAAUACCCCCUUGAAAAUUACUUUGUGUACUUUAUAUUGAUGAUAAUAAAGGAACCUUAAAAUUU